AUGGAUAUGCGCAAUGUAUCUUUAUUAUCCAGAUUAACAAAUAAUCAAGCACUAGAGCGCAAUUUACAACUAUCAACUGAUGAUAAAAAUGCAAAUACACAAAAAAGACUAUAUUCCAUCAAUUUAAUCAAUGGAAAGAUUGAACGUUGGGGUAAAGAUUUUGGUGGAAGUAUAAGGGGGUAUACGGUUCGAUCUCAAGGUGGUGUUUAUAUACUUGGUCAAUCAGGAAUCAAUGUUGAAAUUUAUUUGCAACAAUCAUCAUCAAAAUAUUCGAUAUUACAACAUGGAUGGAUAGGAACUUAUCAUCAGAUAUCAUCUUCAUCAUCAAAAGAAUCUUCGGCAAUUGCAUUUGUUUAUUCAUCUGUCGAACAACCGGAAGAAGUUUAUUUUAUUGAUCAUAUUGAACAAUUAAAUUUAGCUAAAGCUAUCACUUCUGAAAAUCAACUUCUUACUCAACGAAAUUUACCUCGAGCAAAAUCAUACAAAUGGAUCAAUAACGAAGAUGAUCAUACAGUCGAAGGUAUUCUACAUUAUCCACCAGGAAAAUUUGAAUGCAAAAAUCUACCUCUAUUAGUACUUAUUCAUGGUGGUCCAACAGAUGCAAGUCUAAACAUGUUGCAAGCAAACUGGUAUUCUUGGGCUCCAUUAGCCGCUACACAAGGUUGGUUAGUUCUUGAACCCAAUUAUCGAGGUUCAACCGGCUAUGGCGAUGCAUUUAUUAAUGAACUUCGUUUCCAAUUAGUAUCUCGGCCAGGAAGAGAUAUUCUCAUAGGUGUUGACCGUUUGAUUGCAGAUGGUAUUGUUGAUCCUAAUAAAUUGGCUGUCGGAGGUUAUAGUUACGGUGGAUAUUUAACAAACUGGUUGAUCACACAAACAACUCGUUUUAAUGCUGCUUUGUCUGGUGCUGGACCGACUGAGCAUAUUUCCUUUUGGGGUCGAACGGACUUUCCUGAACCUCUUAUUGAUUUAAUGGGUGGAUUUCUAUGGGAAGUACCGGAAAUUUUUUAUAACGAAUCAAUUAUUUAUAAACUAGGUUCAGUACAAACUCCCACACAUAUCAUAACUGGUGCAACGGAUAUUCGGGUUCCAUCUGAUCAAAGUUUAAUACUAGAACGUAGUUUACAUUAUCUGAAUGUACCUUUAAAACUAUUACUUUUUCCAAAUGAAGGGCACUCAAUAGACAUUAAUCCAUGGCAUGGAAAAAUCAAACUUCGCGAAGAAAUGAAAUGGCUCGAAAAAUAUGGACAUAUACCAAUAAAUAAAGCCGCAAAAUAG